AAUGAAUUAAGAUAAGACCUAAUAGAUUUAAUAGCAAAUUUAAACACAAGAUUAAAGUAUAUAACCAAUUUCUAAUAUUAUAAUAGAUCAAGCACCAUAUUCAAUUAAUGGAGUUUCCUAUAAUCAGUAAUAAUAUUAUAUGAUCAUGUAACAACAACAACACCCAAAUUUUUAUCAUCAGAAUAUUCAAUAAUAGUCUCCACAGUCAAUGGCUGUGAUGCAGUAAAUGCAAUAGCAAAAUAUGCCCAUGUAAAAUAUGGCAAUGUAAAAUAUGGCAAUGCAAAAUAUCCCCAUGUAAAAUAUGGCAAUGCAAAAUAUGGCAAUGUAAAAUAUGGCAAUGUAAAAUAUGGCAAUGCAAAAUAUGCCCAUGUAAAAUAUGUAAAUUCAGCAAUUGCAAAGUACUUUAUUAUAAAAGGAUGGUCAAAUAUCUAGAUAGGACCAAAAAAUUAAGGAAAAUGAAGCUGAAAUUGAAAAAUUAUAGAAAAAGUUGGAAGAGAAGGAAACUGAGUUAAAAAAAAUAAAAAAAGAUUCUAAAAGUUAGAUAGAUGGCUUGAAUACAAAAUUAGAAGAAAAAAAUGACGAAAUAAAAAAUAAUGAUUAAAGAAUUAUAAGAUUGUAAAAAGAAAAGACUGAUAUUUAAAAUAAUAUUACAAAAGAACUAAAUAAUAAAAUAGCAGUCCUGGAGAAAGAAUUAAUAUAGAAAGAAGAUGAAAUAUUAUCAUAGAAAUCUACUAUAAAUAGACUAGAGCAAUAAAAUUAAUUUUUGAAUGGAAAAUAGCCAGAUAUUGAAAGAUAGUUUAAAUAAUCGAAUGAACAAUUCGAUGCAGAAAAAAAAAAAAAUUAAUAAGCUUUGAAGUUAUAACGAGAAUAGUACGAAGUAGUAAUAAAAAAGUUAAAUGAAGAUCUAGAAUAAUAAUAAUAAUAGAUUGAGUAAUUAUCAAAUUAGUAAGAAAAAGAGCAUAAAAGUUUUAUGGAUGCAAGAGACGAAAUAACUAAAUUGUAAUAAAGAUUACAGAAUUUACAAAAGGAUUUGAAAAUAAAAGAUGAAUCUAUAAAUAAUUUGGAAACUCGAGUUAAGGAUCUCAAAUUUUAAUUUGAAUAAGAACAAUAGAAAUUAAAAACUUCUUAAGAAAUGGUUACAUAAUUAUAGGAAUAGUAGGGAAAACUCAAUUAAGAAUAUAGAAAAUAUAUAGAAAAUUUAUAGAGUAAUACCAAACCCGACAAUAAAAGUAAAUAAGAAUUUGAGAAAAAUUUAUAAUAACUAUAGAACGGAAUUCAAAAUAAUAUUUAAUAAAAAUAGUAGUAAAUGUAAAUAUUGGAAGAAUAAAAAAAGAAGGAAUAUGAAGACAAUAAAAUAAAAUAAAAAUAAUUUCAAGAGUAGAGAGAUUACUAGAAAAAAUAAGAGAAUAAAUUAAUCAAAGAAAUGUUAAUGAAAAGAACAAAAGAAUCACUAGAAGAAUUUGGAAAAUUAGAUAUAUGUUAUGUUGUAGAUUGUACUAAGUAAUUAAAUAUUAAUUGAUAAUUUAGAUCUAUGGAACCAUACAUUGAAUAAGCAAGAAGUUGUGUUAGAGAAUCUUUGAAGAUCAUCAAAUAACAGACUAACAGAGAUACAAUAAUGUCUUCUAUAGCUUUUUAUGAUAUGGAAUAAAAACCCCCCGGUGGGUAUCAUUAAUUCACUUUUUCUAAUAAUGUUUAAGAUUUUGAAAAGUUUAUUACAAGUGUUCCUAUUGUAGGAGGGCAAGAUCCUCCAGAAGAUGUUAAAGGAGCUUUAUAAUAAAUGAUUGAUAAACUUAAAUGGAUGAAUAAAUUUAAGAUUGCUAUAUUAAUAACUGAUUGUCCUUGUCAUGGCAAGAGAUAUCAUAAUAUGGUAAAUGAUUGUCAUCCUUAAGAUGAUAUUGAAGAAAUGCUUUAUCGUUUGAUAGAUUAAUAGAUUGUUUUAAUAGGUUUCAAUUUAAACUAAAAAACUAUCUAAAUGUAUGAAGAAUUUAAAAAAAUUUAUGAAAAAAAAAACGCUUCAGAUUUAUUUUUAUAUGUUGAUGUUGCAGGAUUAUCAGUUAAUUAGUUAGCUGAGAAAAUGGCUAAAUCGUUAGGAAAUGCUUCAGUUAAUGCUACAUAAGUAAAAUCAUCAGGAACAAAAACUAAAAAUCCAUAAUAAUAAAAAGAAAGACCAAAAAACAAAGAUGGUGCUAUGGAAGCUUUAUGUAAAUAGGGAGAUUUUUAUAAUUUUGAGAAAACAUAAAUUCAAGUAGUAGAUACUGAGUUUACAGUUUUAAAUGUUACUAUAAAUGACUAAGUAUUUGCAGCAAAUUUAAAGACUAUUAAUAACAUUGGUAGAUAAAAAGAUUAUGUAAUAACUGAAGAAGGAAAAUGGUAGUGUAUUAGAACUGCAGAUCCAUUUGCAUUUGGUAUGAUGAAAGAUGUCUUUCUGAUGAAAAAAAAGAAAGGAGGAGCAGAUGAAUUAUAUGUAAUCAAAACUCCUUUGGGUGGUUAACCAUAUAAAACAUAAGAAUAGACUGUACAAGAAUGUAGAUCUCAUUUAGUCUGCUAAUAAUUAAUGAAAAAAUUUAAAUAAGAUAUCUAAGAUGCAAAAGAUCAAUAGAAAAUUUUAGAUUUUAAAUAUCCCAAUGUUAUUUAUAGUGACUUUUUGAUUUUAAAGGAAAAAUAAGGUAAAAUUUCAUAUAUUUAAUAUUUUUAGAUCGAUAUUGGAUUGCUGAAAGAUUUUUCAAGGGUGAAUUUGUUAAGUAUAAUAAUAAUUAUGGCUAUAUCAAUGAUGACAUUACAGAAAUUAAUAAAUUUGCUUAAGCUUUUUCAUACUAUACAUUCUAUAUUAGUGGUGGAAAUUAUAUGGUCAAUGAUGUUUAAGGAGUUGGUCAUUAUUUCACUGAUCCUGCUAUUAAUACAGUUAGAGGUAAAUCAUAUUAAUAUCCUAAGGGGAUUUCGAUGAAACUGAUAUAGGGGAAGAAGGUAUAAAAAUGUUUUUAGUAAAUUUCCAAUCCAAGAAAAGUCUUCCAUUUGAAAUAUUGUAGCUUCUUAAUAUAACGGAAGAGUGAAUUGAAUAAUAAAUUGAGAAAG